CCUCCGGCCUCAGUACCGGCAGCUGUGGGCGGCGAGCCGCGGAAUAUGCUUAUGGCCUCGAUCCGUGGAGCCGGAGGUAUCGGCGCGCUGCGCAAGACCGACCACUCUCAGACAAAUCGCAGUUCUGCCAGUCCCUCGCUGCAAACAAACGCUUCAGCUGGGGAUGCCUCACCCGGCGCCAACCCCAGCGGCAAUUUGGCCAACGCUCUGGCUAGUGCCCUGGCACAGCGGUAACAAGGCCAUUGCUGGCGACUCCGACUCCGAGGACGACGACGAUGACGACUGGUAAUCGAGUUCCAUUCAGGGUGUGAGCGUC